AUGCCAGACUGGACCCAUUUGAUUCGCUUCAUCGCGGUGGAGGAUAGCCUCAUCCACCUUGGUCAACUUGUCGAUGUGACUCGUGAUAUCGGUCGAGACAGCGUUGAUGGCGUCGAGAUUGCAGCAUACGUGAUUGAAGGAACUAUUUUCGAUGGCAAGGUCACUAAGGAUAUCUUGCAUGUCAAGCAACUGCUGUCUCCUGUCUCGAGGGAAGAGUGCAAUUACAUUCGUUGCUUGGGGCUUAACUACACAGAUCAUGCCAAUGAAGCGAGCAUGGCUCUGCCCAAGGCGCCGAUUCUAUUCACCAAGCCCCGGACCGCCUUGAUCGGACCGUACCCCGCCGCCAUCAACGUUCCCAAGUGUGCGCAAGACGAUACAAGUGACUACGAAGCCGAGCUGUGUUUGAUAAUUGGCAAGAGUGGUCGCGAUAUCCCGGAAGAAGAAGCACUCGAUUAUGUUCUCGGAUACACAGCGUCGAAUGAUGUAUCUGCCAGGAAUCUGCAAAUGCUUACCACCCAGUGGUCCUUCUCCAAAGGCCUUGACGGCAGCUGCCCAAUUGGACCCGUUCUGGUCGCCCCAUCUGUGAUCAAGGACCCUCAGACCUUGUCUAUCAAGGCAAUUCACAACGGCGCUACAGUCCAGGACGGUCAUACCAAGGAUAUGAUCUUUUCCAUCAAGAAACAGAUCUCGUACCUCUCUCAAGGUACUACUCUGGAAGCGGGUACCAUGUUCUUGACGGGAACACCUGCUGGUAUUGGCUUCUUCCGUCAGCCCAGAGUGGUUCUGAGGGAUGGCGACGAGAUUUCAAUCCAGAUCGACCAGAUUGGAACUCUGGUCAACAAAGUCCGUUAUGAUACACGGUGA